UGGGACCUGGAUAGGGAUGGCCAAGCCCUGGGUGGGCACACAAGACUCUGAGUGGUGGGAUCCAUAUGGACACGGGGGUUCAAGGGUUGGGCAUGGAGCAACUCUAGGUGGGCUGGUGCAUGCAGUCCCGGGUUAGCACAUGGGACACAGAGGGGUCUGUCACAGGAGGCACAGCUGUGCCCCACUGCCCCCAGCCAUGCCUUCCCUCCCACAGGACGCCAGAUGCCACACCAGUGCCACAGCUCAGCCGUGCGCCAACCAGCAUGGCCAAGCGGCUACUGGUGGCCUACGGGCUGUGGGCUCUGGGGGGACCACUGGGGCUGCACCACCUCUACCUGGGCCGGGAUAGCCACGCUCUGCUCUGGAUGCUGACACUGGGAGGCUUCGGUGCUGGCUGGCUCAGCGACCUCUGGCACCUCCACCAUUGGGUGGCCACGGCCAACAGCACUAGAAGGCAGCACAGGAGGGCUGUGCCAGCGCUGAGCCCCAUACUCCUGGUGGGGCAGGUGGUCGUGGGGACAUAUUUUGGACUGGUGGCCGCGUUGGCACUGCCCUGGGUGCCCCAACUGCUGGCCCAGCCGCUGGCCGUGGGGCUGGGCGUGCUCCUGACAGCCUCCGUGGGCGAGCAGAGCACCAAAGCACACCGCGUCCUUACAGCAGCCUUCCUCACCUCCCUCCUCUUCCAAGCCCAGCUGCUGGCCGUGCUGCCCUCCAGUGUGGCUGCAGGCAUGGCGGCACAGCGGCACCGUUGCUAUCAGCAUCCCGUCGGGCCUCCGUUGCGGCUCCGCGCCCGACUCUUCUGUCUGGGCAUGGCCUACAUGGCCUUCGCCGUCCCGGUGGGGUACAGACUGCUGCACAGCACCGCCGGGGCUUUGGGGUGGGUGGGGACCAUCCCCAUGCGGUCCCUCCAAAGCCUGGCUUGGAUGCUGGGGCUCAAAGCUGGGCCUGGAGGAUGCACCGAGCGGCAGCUGUGGGCUUAUCAGGUUCUUGGCAUCCAGCCCGGCUCUGGCAUUGAGGAGGUGCAGAGGAGCUACCGGGAGCUGGUGAAGGUUUGGCAUCCAGACCACAACAGGCAGCGGGUUGAAGAGGCCGAGCAACGCUUCAUUGAACUGCAGGAAGCCUACGAGGCGCUGGGAGGACCCCGCAGGGCAGCAGCAGGAGGAGGCUGAGCCCGGCAUGCAGGGUGCAGGAGCACUGAUGGGGGGGUUGUAACCUGGGCUUUGUAACACGAGGUUGCUUUGCUUUCUUUGUUUCUUUGCUCAGCGCCAUGCGGUGCUGGGGCCGGGGAUGUGCCCCGUGCAAAGCAAUGCACGAGGUGUCGUGUAAGCUGUUGCACGGGGAUGGUUGCGACCAACGGAUGGGGGCUCGUGCAAAUCGUUGCACGGGGAUCCAUGCAUGUUGUUGCACGAGGAUCUGUGCAAUUGGCUGCGCUGGGGCUUGUGCAAACCGCUGCGUUGGGCACCAUGCAAACCAAUGCACGCGGAUCCGAGGGCAGCAUCACCUGAGGACCUCCCGUCCAUCUCCGAGCCUCCAGGCUUCCAGCAACCCAGCCCGGUCCGAGCGCG